AGCUUCUCGUAUCGCAGCCACAGCACUCAGCUCACAGCCCAGCAUUUCCAGCGUCCAUUUCAAUUCUAUCCUUCCCCGAGACAAUGUUCACACCUUAUCCCAUACAGCAGAGGUCGGCGAAUGGCAUGCCAGCGACGCUCGUGUACCCUCAGACUUACUACACGAACGCCAGUCUUCCGUACCCCGUUCAGGGCUACGGAGGGGUGUUCGGCACGUACGGCAACGCACCAGUAAUGGUUGCAGGUACAGGAAAAACAACGCAACCGGUCAGUAUGUACGCUGGUCACUCUGUCACACCAAUGUACUUUGUCAUGGAACCGAAUGCGAGUGCUUCCGUGCCCGCCACGUUGCCGACGCACGCCGUCAGUGCCGCCGCCACCCCCGCCAAAACUGUCUGUUGCGCCGCCCUCGAUGCAUCGAGCACGAGCUCCGACAUGAAGCUGUCUCACUCCGGCAGCUGGAACUCACUGUCCACUCAAUCGUGCAGCUGGGGUGGCGAGAGCGCCUCUCAGCUCAGCAGCGGUCUUUCAGCCAGCUCCGUCCGCACACGCCCGCAGCACGACGUGGGCAUCUGGGGUUUCGCACUGGUGGACCAACUGCACCCGUCCCUCCAGCGGAUUCCCGUCCCGCCGUCGUGCGUGUGUGAGCCAACCGUGGGUAUCAGCCUCUACGACAACGACGUGGUCGCGAGCAGCACACGCCGCUGCAAGAGCUCUGUGUGUCUGCUACACGCCCAGGGCCUCGGCUGCGCGGAGGGUGCGCGCUGCCGCUGCUUCCACGUGUCGCCGCAGUAUUUGCAGCAGUGCCGCGACACCACCGAAUCCCUGUGCUGCAGUCUGCACAACUGCUACUACUCGCAGGAGAUGCUGGGGUCGAACUGCGCUCCUCACCUGGUGGGCCGCCGCUUCGUGCUGAGCCUCGAUGACCCCUCGCGUUUCCCGCAGGAUGGCGGCAAGCCCCACCGCAUCGACCUCUCCCUUCUCAACUUCAGCCUCACUGUCGGUCUGGAGACGCUCCCGUAUGUGGACGGCGCCUACGUGAUCUCGUGGAAGAAGCGCGUGUGCCACCUGAACAUCGAUGGAAAGUGCAAAUGGACCAAGGACUGCGGCCACAUCCACAUGUGCCGCCAGCUCACGAAGGUACUACAGGACGCCGAGAGUCUGACCGUCAUUAAGGCGCUGCAGGCAAAGAACACGCCCAAGAAUGCCGCGGACCUGUACCGCGAUAUCAUCCUCAGCGAGACCACCUUGCGCUACGUCCGCUCCUCUUCUGUCUACCCGCUCGUGGCCUCACUCAUUGCCGCUGGGGACGUAGACUCGCUGAAGGCGCUCGCCAAGGCACAGUGCGCUCUCUUGCCGUCGCAAUAUGCCGCGGUCCGGCAACUUGGUGUCGAAACGAACAGCGGUGACGCCGUUUCUCGUGCUGCACCCAUCAGCCCCAAGCUCGUUGGCCUGUUGAUGCCAAAGCUCUACUAG